AGAUCGACCAAAACGAGGACCAUGACGGAGAUGUCCCGAGACGAGUUCGUCCAGGCGCUGGCGCAGGCGCUGGCCGCCAACGAGGCCGAGCAGCGCGUACCGAAGAGCGCUCAUGACGUGGCGAUGGACGCGUACGAUGCGAUGCAGUUCGACUUCCCGAUGAUGUCGGCCACGGACCUCCGCGUACUCGCCGAGCGCAUGCACGGCCGCGACCGGUCGCAAUUUCCAGUGACACGUCCGCUCUUCCUCAACGCGCUCGAGCUUGCGGCAAAGGCUGACGCAGCCAUAAGCGCAGCCGCCGCUUGUGUUCUCGUGCAAUGCUUUUGCAUUCCGUUCCAAGACCCUUCAGGGCUCGACGCCUUCCGCUUCGAGUCACUUGCUUCCGAGGACGCCAAGCUACUUUACAUGUGUUACCACACGACGUACUCGCCCCUCUCGGCCCUGACGCAUGACGACUGGAACUACUACCAAGUCACCGACGCUUGCUGCUCGAUUGCGGCUUCGCUGCUGCACCGGCCUCGCACAAGCGACGAAUCGUUGCUGCUACAGAUGGAGUGGCUGCGUUACCUCUACAUCCUCCGCGACCGCAUGCUCCAGCACCCACAAACAUGCCCGGCGAUCUUGCAGCGGCUCGCGACGCUCUUCUCGACGCCCGAGCAUGUGGCCAAGAUGGAAGAAGUGUCGUCUCUCUCGUUUCUUCGGCUGCUUCUCGAGCUCACAUCGUCCAAGGACAUUUCGGCGUCCGUCGUGGCCUCGUCAGCGAUUCUCUCGAUCCUCAAGCCGCUCGUGCCCAUGAUCGAGCGACACAUCACUUUUGAUGGUGCUGCCAUGGACGACCGCGCCGACAGUAUCAUUGUCAUUUCGCAGCUCCUCCUCUGGAGCGUGCAGAAGCAGCCGACGACGUGGGUACCCCUUCUUUUUGACGCGGGCAUUUUGCGGGCGUGUUUGCGCGUUGUGGCGACCGACCCCGAGGGUAAGGCGAUGAAAGCUGCACUUCGCGUCCUCGUGCUUUGUGGGCUCGUGAAUGCCAGCUUUGGUUCGUACGUGCACGCAGUGCCCAGCAUGGUGAAAUGGAGCGCCGACGACCGCUUCCAAACGCUGUAUCCAGCGGAACAUGUGCUCUGGACGCUUUCGCAGCUCCUGAGCGGCAGCACGAACGACGCAAUGCGCUUCUUUGAGCUGCUGCCCGGUCUUUUCCCAUCCAUGUGCGACUCGUUCUUGGAUGCCCAGUGCGCGCUUCACGACGCUGUCUUUGCGCUGGAGACACUCGCGACGCUCGUGCAGUCGCACACCCAACCUCGGUAUGCGUCGUGGCACGCCAAGGACAAUUUGGCACCGGUCCUCGCGCGCCUAAUCCCCGAGAUCAACCUCCGUUUCGCGUACCCCGUACGGCACGACAAGGUCGAAGAUGGCCCUGAGGGCGACUCGGCUGGUGGUAGCAGCAAUGCGCGCGUCCAGCUCAUGAACCGAUUGCGUCAGGCCAUCAAGCGGGCCAUGACCGGCAACGCCAUCCGGGCCAGUGCCAAACUUGACUAGGAUAGAACGCAAACAAGAAGCCAAAUUACCCGUGAAACGAAC